UAAGGCAGCAGGACACUGAGCCACCCAGCCUCUCUCCAGCUACAGCGUAUUCUCGCUCAACUGGCACGUGACCCGAAAUCGGCGACAGGCUGACGUCAUCCAAUGCGACGCCUCCUGAAGCUACACUGCCACCGUCUCGCUUUGUGAAACACUACACUGACUCAAGGCUGUUGUUGAUUGUGGCAGAAGUGUGGUUGAGUUCAGAAAGAAUCUCAUCGGCAAGACGCAGGCAAGAGAGAAAAACCUGCCAUUUACUGUAACAUUUAAAUGGAUGUGAAAGAGGAAAUGUGUGAGGCUGACCUGAAUAUCAUUGAGGAGAGGACCAUAAAUGUUAAGGAGGAGGACUGUGAGUGGGAGAGUGUCCACCCCAAACAGGAGAGUCUGGACAUUAAGGAACAGGACCGUGAACUGGGGUCAGUGUGUAUUAAAAUGGAGGAUGCAGAGGAGUGUGUCAGCACUGAGGUGGCCAGCUAUAGGAGUAUGGAAAGUGUCAAUGAAGAUGACCUUCAUUAUGGAGAUCAAAAUGGAGCAGUGACCCAAUUAGUCUGUUCUCAUAGCAGACACUCUUCAUCUCCGGAGUCUUCUAUCAAUGUAAAAUAUGAAUCAUUACAGUCUGACAGAAAGACGAUUGAAAACAUUUUAUCUUCUAGAACUGAGGAAGGUCAACCACCACCUAAGACGUCAUCUAAAACAAGAAUCAAACUCCACUGCUGUUCUGAAUGUGGCAAACAGUUUUCUAUAAGAUUCUUACUUCAAAGGCACCAAAGAGUCCACACAGGAGAGAAGCCAUAUUGCUGUUCUGAAUGUGGUAAACAGUUUUCAAUAAGAUAUAAUCUUCAAAGGCAUCAACGACUUCACACAGGAGAGAAGCCGUACGACUGUUCUGAAUGUGGUAAACAGUUUCCAGAAAGAAGCCAGCUUCGGCGCCACAAAAUAAUUCACACGGGGGAGAAGCCAUAUUGCUGUUCUGAAUGUGGUAAACAGUUUUCACAGAGAAGCAGUCUUCAGAGCCACCAAAGAGUUCACACAGGAGAGAAGCCAUAUUGCUGUUCUGAAUGUGGUAAACAGUUUUCAGAAAGAAGCCAGCUUCAGCGCCACAAAAGAAUUCACACAGGGGAGAAGCCAUAUUGCUGUUCUGAAUGUGGUAAACAGUUUACACGGAGAAGCAGUCUUCAGAGCCACCAAAGAGUUCACACAGGAGAGAAGCCAUAUUGCUGUUCUGAAUGUGGUAAACAGUUUUCAAUAAGAUGUAAUCUUCAAAGGCAUCAACGACUUCACACAGGAGAGAAGCCGUACGACUGUUCUGAAUGUGGUAAACAGUUUCCAGAAAUAAUCCAGCUUCAGCGCCACAAAAUAAUUCACACAGGGGAGAAGCCAUAUUGCUGUUCUGAAUGUGGUAAACAGUUUUCACGGAGAAGCAGUCUUCAGAGCCACCAAAGAAUUCACACAGGAGAGAAGCCAUAUUGCUGUUCUGAAUGUGGUAAACAGUUUUCAGAAAGAAGCCAGCUUCAGCGCCACAAAAGAAUUCACACAGGGGAGAAGCCAUAUUGCUGUUCUGAAUGUGGUAAACAGUUUUCACGGAGAAGCAGUCUUCAGAGCCACCAAAGAAUUCACACUGGAGAGAAGCCAUAUUGCUGCUCUGAAUGUGGAAAACAAUUCUCUUAUAGUAGUAAUUUUCACAUACACAUUAAAACUCACUCAGGAGAGAAGCCGUAUUGCUGCUCUGAAUGUGGCAAAAAGUUUUCACAGAGCAGCCAUCUUAAGAGCCACCAAAGAAAUCACUCAGGAGAGAAGUCCUAUUCCUGUUCUGAAUGUGGUAAACAGUUUAUAAAUACAGGCCAUCUUCAGAACCACCAAAGAAUCCACAUGGGAUAGAAGCCGUAUGACUGCUCUGAAUGUGGUAAACAGUUUUCACAUAGAAGCACUUUUCAGUGCCACCAAAUAAUUCACACAGGGGAGAAGCCAUUUUGCUGCUCUGAAUGUGGCAAAAUGUUUUCACAUAGUAACAGUCUUCAGAAACAUCAAAGAAUUCACACAAGAGAAAAAAAUGACAGAAACUCCCCCACCUUGUCCACAGAUGAACACAGUACAAGGCUAAGCAGCAGAAGAAAGAAUUCAAAAAGUUAUUUGAAAUCAAAAAUGAUCUAAUUGGGGAAACUGCAAGUAAAG